AGGAGCUGACCUGGUACUGCCAGCGGAUCCCUGACUAUAUAAAGGAGCGGUGUCCGCAGAGUGCCUCUAUCUGCUAGGUAGAAGUAUGCAUUCCGACUUCAGGACCAAUUUGACACUCAGACACAGUCGAUACAUCUGGUUCCUAUCCCACCCCACAAUGCAAGGUCAUUGCAACUGCGGAUCGGUGACCGUUGAGGUCAAUGUUCCCCCAAACAACGAACACAAGGGCUUUGUCUGUCACUGUCGGAAUUGCCAGAAGUCCAGCGGCGCAGGUGGUGCCUAUCUCUUAAUGCUUCCUCUGUCGGACAUCACCUUCAACGGACCUAUAAAGCACUAUCUGGACACAAACACCAACAGCGGGCGUGCGGUCCAUCGCCAUUUCUGUGAGACAUGCGGCUCGUAAGUUGAAAGGCUCGACCGCAAAGACCCGGAAGCUAAAAUAGGCGGCCUUGCAGGCCACUCUAU